UACAGCAGAGGCAGCUGAUUCACGACCGCCGCACCGCACGGAGCGCUAAACAAUCCGCUGGCCGAUGAGCACCCGGACCGCCUCCGGAGCCGUAACCGCAACGAGAACCGUAUCCGUAACAGAAACCGAGUCCAAAUCCGCCCGUUAGCCGCCAGCCAUCAUGCCCCAGUGCAGUGUGUAAGUGAGUCGCCGCCGCCCGCCGUCGUCAGGAUUCCCGAUUCCCUGAACACCCAGCAACAGGUUGUGAAUUGUUCCUCCCCGAGUGACCCGGAGGACUACCAGAAAACCCAACACCACCUCCCCCACCACCACCACACCCCAAAAUUUCAACAGAAUGCAUCAGCGCCGGAACGGUCACGGCAACGGAGCCUGCCGGGAUGCCCAGGCGGAAACAUCAUCGGCUGAGGAGGACACUGCAAAGACCCAGCUGCAAAAGAAGCCGAGUCGCGGCUGCUACUUUUCGCUGGCCUUCUCCAUUGGCUCGAUGGGACUGGCAUGCAGCAGCCUGUGGCAGAUACCCAACACCACCGAUCGCAUCUCGCUGCAGCGCGGCCUCUUCCUCACCUCGCUGGGCUUCAUCUACUUUGUGUCGCUGACGGAUUUCUGCAACAAAUAUCUGCUGGAGACGAAGCGGGGCGAGCGUUUCCGUCGCAAGUAUCGCCUCAUGAUGUCCGAUGUCCUGGAGAUUACCAACAAAAUCGUGUCCGCCAUACAGGCCUCCUUCUCCUUCCUGGUCGGCCUCAUCGUCUGCAAGUCCACCUGCACCAAAUCCUUCGUUUAUGCCUCCCACUUCCUGAUGGAGGCCUACGGCUGGUUCGGCACCGCCUACUUCAUGUACGACAUCUGGUCCAUGUACAAGGUCCACACCCAGAAGAUAGCCGACAAGCUGCAUCUGCUGCGCCUCACCAAGGCCAAGGCCGGUCAGGCGGAACUGAGUAAUGGCCAUGCCAAGGCCAGGUCCUCCUCCAACGGCAGCGGCGGCAACAACAACGGCAGUACUCCGGGUACUCCCCACGAGAUAUGCGACUACGACGGCGCCUGUGUCCAGAUACCCAAAGACGGACGCUGGGACUUCCUCAAGUACGUGCUGACCCAUCCGGUGAUGAUGAUCCAUCACGUCUUUAUCGGCACCUUCGGCCUGUUGGUGGUGACGUACAUCCGCGGUGGUGGCCACUGCAUCUACAGCUACAUGUUCAUGAUGGAGUUCUCCACACCGUUCGUCUCGCUACGCAGCAUCCUGAGCACCAUGAGGCUGAAGGAGUCGCGGGUCUACAUCGCCAACGGCCUCCUCAUGCUGGCCACCUUCUUUGUGUGCCGCGUCUGCAUGUGGCCGUACGUGAUGUGGCGCUACAGCCUGGCCAUUGAGGCGGCCUCCUUGUGGUCGGCCAUGUGCGGUCUCCCGCGUGGCUGUCUGGUCAGCAUCGCCAUUCUGUUCUUGCCGCAGCUCUACUGGUUCCACCUGAUGGUGAUGGGAGCCCUCAAGGUCUUCCUUCCAAAGAAGAAACAACGACCGCCGCCCAAUGGAGCUCUUCCCGCGACCACGCCCAUGCCCACCGUAGCCGCCGCCCACCUGUUGAAUGGGAAACCAAGUGCAAACUAAAAUCAGAUUGUUUAUUUUUUUUUUAUAUAUAAUUUUUUGAAGAAGAAUUGUAUUUAUUUUGAGGCGCAGUUCCAGCCAGUGGCUUCCGUUUAGCGAAGUCCUUGCUUAUUGUUUACAGACCUUGAUCCCCUCUAACUCCCCUUCACCCCCCUCCCCCGAAUAACAACGAACGCUGAACCUGGGAUGGAACUUUAGUUUUUAAAAAAAAGACACUAUUGUACUAAUGAGAAUAAUAAUUGUGAAACCAAGAACAAAGCUUAAUUAUAGUUACCAGAAAACCAAACGCAGGGGAAGCGAAUAAACUAUUAACUAUAUACCCCACUCCCCCCCCCCUAACCAUAAACUAUUGAAUAAAUGUUGCAUUCAAUUAUUGCUAAUGCUUAUGUUAAAAAAUCCACAAAAAAAAGAAAACAAAAAUGUAUGAAAAACUGUUGUAGAUUUAUGAAAAAUGGAAAUACUUUAGUGUGCAUUUGCAAAGCCUUGAGAACUGUUGAGAUUGUGUAGUAGAAGAGAUUAGAGAGCGAUUAGAGAGUGUUAUAGUUGGGGACCGUAAACCCAUCCGAUUCCAAAUACCAGAUACAGAAUGUAUACGUUGCUCUCAAGUCGCUUUUAGACUUGAAAAACUGAAUAACCGCACAAAUGAAUCAGUUUACUGCCUUUAUUUCAAAAUCAAAACUAUAAUUUUAGUUAAAAAAAAAACUACAGAAACUUCCUUAAUGCGGUCCCUCCUCAUCCUCGAUCGAAGAAUGUCCUAUUGGUUGCUUGGAACAUGGGAAUCUAUGUGAAGCACAAAAUCAAAUUUUAAUUGAGCUUACAACAUUGUAAUUAUAUAUAUGUAGUUAACUAUUUAAAUGUAAUAAUAUACAAAACAUCUAUAUAUUAUAUAUACUAUAUUGGCGCGAUGUUAAUGUUUGGAAACGGAUUGUUGAGCAAUUAUUGGAAGGCAGGCAGGUCGAAAGAAAAGAAAGAUUUAAUUUAAGACCGGAACCCCGAACCGGAUGCUUAGUUAUGUGUAUUUACAAAAAACUUAACCCACAACUUAUAUACCACAACUGUUUACACACAGAAUACGAAUAUAUAGAUGUAUGCCGGCGCGUAUGUAUUUUGAACUAUAUAGAAUGCAUGUAGUAGAAUGAGUGUAUUUUUGGAGUGCGGGCACUGCCCCACGGGUUGAAAUAAAGUUGCUACAGUUGCCCCCCGA